AUGCUUGAUAAAGCUGCAGAGAAGAAGUUAUUUGGGUAUCAUCCUCGCUGUAAAAACAUCUUGUUAACUCAUUUGUGCUUUGCGGACGACUUAAUGAUAUUCACUGACGGGACAAAGAGAUCUAUUGAGGGGGUUCUAAAAAUCUUUGAGGACUUCGCAACAAUGUCGGGGUUGAGGAUUAGUCUUGAGAAGUCUACCUUGUACAUUGCAGGAGCUACUCAGAAUCACCAAGAAGAAAUAAUGAAUAGCUUCCCUUUUGCAUCAGGUCAGCUUCCUGUAUGCUAUUUGGGCCUACCUCUGCUUACAAAGCGCAUGACAGUUCUUGACUAUCUCCCAUUAGUCGAGAAGAUUAGAAGGCGUAUGAGCUCAUGGACUGGUAGAUUCCUCUCUUACGCUGGUCGUCUGCAACUCAUCAAAUCAGUCAUCUCUAGCCUUGCAAAUUUUUGGAUGCAAGCUUUUAAGCUACCGGGAAGCUGUUUAAGAGAAAUAGAAAGCUUAUGCUCUGCUUUUCUAUGGUCUGGCCCGGACUUGAGAACAAGUAAGGCUAAAGUGUGCUGGAAAGACGUCUGCCUAUCGAAGAAAGAGGGAGGCUUGGGAGUUCCAUCUUUGAAGGAGAUGAACACGGUCAUGUGUUUAAAGUUGAUAUGGAGAAUCAAAUCCUCAAAGGAAUCACUAUGGGUCAAAUGGCUUCACUGCUACCUGAUUCGAAAAGAAUCUUUCUGGUCAGUAAAGUGUAUCACGAGCUCUGGAUCAUGGAUUUGGAGGAAGCUACUAAAGCUAAGAGACCUGGCUCAACAAUUUCUCAAAAUUGAGGUUCGAAAUGGGAAGGAUACUAGCUUUUGGUAUGAUAACUGGUCGAAGUUUGGCUGUCUUAAGGAGGUCUUGGGGGAUAGCACUAUUGAUUUGGGUAUCUCUUAUGAGGAUUCAGUUGCAAUGGCCUUGGUAAAACACCGGAGAAGAAGGCAUCGUGUGGGUUUACUCAACGAAGUCAAAAAUGAGAUCGCUGAGAUUAAACUAAAGAACAGUAUGGAUGUUGACACACCAUUUUGGAAGCAGAAAGAAGGGAAGUUUGCUAAUAGUUUCUCAACCAAGAAAACUUGGUUGUACCUGAGGAGCAUGAGGAGCGCACAGCCAGUUGUCUCUUGGAGUCAAGGUGUAUGGUUCCCCCACUCAACUCCUAACUACUCAUUCCUUCUAUGGGUUGCUCUCCGCAAUAGGCUCUAA